AUGGCCGCCAGAAGGCACGCCGGGAGCAGCUCCGGUCCCACUUCGGCCAACCUAAGCAUGAAGCUGCUGGUGGAGGUGGACAGGCGCGGCACGCCCAGGCGCGUGGUGUACGCCGAGGCCGGCAAGGACGUCGUCGACUUCCUCCUCACCUUCCUCACCUUGCCGAUCGGCACGGUCGUCAAGCUGCUCAGGAGGAACUCCAUGCCCAUGGUAGGCUGCGUCGGCAACCUGUACGGCAGCGUCGAGGAGCUCCCCGACGACUUCAUCUGCCACAGGGACGCCAGGGCCGCCAAGGACACCCUGCUCAGGCCCGCCGGCGGCAGGCUUCCCCUGCUCACGAACGCGGGGUCGUCGUCGUCCAGCACCGGCGGCUUUGUGAGGGCGGGCGUGACCUACGAGGUCAUGGACGACCUCGAGAUUGCUCCCAGGUCUAACGUCGAUUUCAUCACCAACCUCAACAGAUAUGGUAUCAGGGACAUCGGCUGUCUCCAGAGGAAGACUGUCCGAGUUGGCGACACCGAGGGUCUCCAGAUACUGAGGGCGUCACUCAAGUCGAAGACGGUCCUCACCGACGUCUUCCUUCGGACGAACACUCCGAGUCCGAGUCCGAGGGCCUUAACUGCAGGGUGA